AUGUCGACUGCUGCACAGAGCAGCUACGCAGCCUCUACUGCAGACAAUGCCAACAACGUUGCAGCAGUCUUCCUCCCCCGCCCUCGAUCUCGACUGCGCACCAUCGCGAAGCAGUACGACGAAGCUGCGCAGCAAACCGUCACACAUACCGACGAGCCAUACAAGAUCGUUUGGGGGAGCCGAACUUUCGUCAUUAGCGGUGUUCUAAACAAGAAGAAGAGCCGUGGCCGUCGUUUCCUGGAUUACUCGUCCCACAACAUCGCCGAGGACAGCCCCAGCCGGCCAGACAACGAGAUGACCGGAACAACGACACAUGCCUCAAGGCCCAUAUAUCGAUCCCUCGAUCCCACCAUAACCGACCGAGAUAUCAAGGCGCGUCGAAUGCGAUGCUUCGGUCAUGUCCUCAAUCUUGUUGUUCAGGCUUUCCUUUUUGGCCAGGAUGCUACCUGCUUCGAGAGGGAUGCUUAUACCCUUUCCCUUUGGAGUGACGACGAGGCUGAACUAGCACAUUGGAGAGCAAAGGGACCUGUUGGAAAGCUUCACAAUAUCGUCAAGUUCAUCAGGGCGUCGCCGCAACGAUCCGAGGCAUUCCGACAGCAUGCUAAGGAAGCCCAGACCUCUGACGACUAUCUGUUGUCAGAGGAGCCGACCUGGGACCUUGGCCUCAAGCAGGACAACAGCACGCGCUGGAACUCAACUUACCUGAUGAUCGAGAGGGCUGUCAGGAAGAGGGAUGAUAUCAACAGCUUUAUCUUGGAGCUUGAUCUUGAAUCUGAUGGUGACAAGCGGAUCCCUGAUGCUGACAAACUAACCACCGACGACUGGAAGGCCCUGAUCGAGAUCAGACGAUCUUAG